GCACCCUGGAAGGAAGUUUGCAUUGUCAGCCUUUCGAGCUGCUGCUGGGAGAGGGAACAAAACGUCUUGAUAUACAUUUUUAACAUUUGUCUACUUUUUUUUUUUCGUUGUAUAAAAAUGAAUUGCCUUCCCACCGGAUUCAUCCUAAAAAGGGCAUUAUUUCCCUUAUUGCUCACCUUUCCAUUGAUCUAUGGAACGCCGUCCCGGUAUAACCAGGGGUAUAACAUGUUCCAGGGAAGCGCAUACUCUGGCUCAGAACAAAGACAGAGGAAUAAAAACUGGUGCGCAUACGUUGUGCACAAGAACGUGAGCUGUGCGGUCGUUGGAGGCACGGAGAGCUUUGUGCUGCCGGAGUCCGCGCCAUGCCCGAAACAUCAGCCCAACUGCGCGCAACAAGUGAUGUAUCGGACCCAAUUCCGCCCCAUGUAUAAGGUUAGCUAUAAGCUGGUGACCGAGCUGGAGUGGAGGUGCUGUCCAGGGCACCAGGGUCAUGACUGCAAAGACCUGAAAGGCAUCCCAUCCCAUCAGACAGUGCUGGGGCCUCGGCCCACCCUGCCGCCUGCCCCUGGUCACGUCCCAGAGACACAGGGUCCGGGGCAGCAGGCAUGGGGUCAGAGUGGCCACCCCUGGGGGGCAGGGAGGCAGCCAGGAGGUCAGACAGGCCAAGGGCCGGUGGGGGGCCAGGGAGGGAAACAGACAACACAGCCGCUGGAGGAGGAGGUACAGCGUCUGUCCCAGCAGGUUCUAGACAUGCAGGCAGCCAUGACCAGCCUGUCAGCCAACCUGAGAGUGGACCUGCAGGAGGACGCCAGCAAGAUGCUGGUCACGCUGCUCAACAUCUUGCAGCAGCCAGACAGCGUGCGUGGGGAGCAGCAGAGCAUGCUGCUGCAGGGUCUUUCCCUGGAAAAGGAGUACAACACGGUGGACAUGGACAAGUUCACGAGCAAGAUCAACCACCUCACCGACACCAUUAACACCAAGAGCAAGGUACUGGACGACCUCCAGGUCAGAGUCAACCACUAUGACGGACAGCUCCGCCUGCUAAUGGAGGCCAGCCCGGCCACACCCCCUCCCGCUCCUCCGGCCAAUGAUGCGACACUGCGCGCCUACGUGGACACAAAGUUCCACGCCCUGAAGAACGAGAUGAUGGAGGGCAUGGAGAUCAAGAUGGCGGACCUGAAGAACUCUUGUGACUAUAAGAUGCUGUCGGUGCAGGAGCAGUGUGAGGGCCAGGAGAACAGCUACCUUAGCCUGACCGAGCUCCUCGAGUCCAAAGAGAUGGACCUCCGCAAGGAGAUCCAGGACCUCAAGAACCAGCUGCCUAAUUCACAGAGGGAAGACGGAACCUCUUCAGGGGUGGAGGAGCUGCGGAAGGAGCUGUUCCGGGUCACUGAGGCCCAGCUGAGCCUCCAGUCCAGCCUAGAGAAGAAGUCCAAGCCUGACCCACUCCUGCCCCGUGUGGAAGAGCUGGAGGCCCGUCAGAACAGUUCGGAGAGGAGUGUGGAGGUGCACAGCCUCUUCCUGGAGGAGAAGCUGAGGAGAGAGGGGGCGGAGGGGGCCGCAGACCUGAAGAAGGCUAUGGAGGACAGGAUGAGCUCCAUGGAGGACCAAGUCACCACUCUACUGGUGGAGAUAAGCAGCCCCGUAUCUGGGGCUCAGACUGGGCUAGAGGCACUGCAGAGUGAGGUGGCCUCUCACAAAACCAGUGUUCAGGCUCUGGAGGACAGACUAAAUGCCCUAGAACAUCUGUGCUCUACGGAGUGCAAGUCUGACCAUCCGGCCAUAGAGAGCAUUCAACAGAACCUCCAGGUCUACAGAACCAGCCUGGACACAAUGGAGUCUAGCAUCAAUGAGCACUCAGCUAGUCUUGGAGACAUGGAAGAUUUUGUCCAAGGGCAGCUCCUGAACCAUACUGCCAGUCUUACAGAUGUGCAGGAAGAGCUGGGAGCUCUUAAAGGACGUAUGGGAGGACAGGAGGGCUCUCUGUCAGCCUUGGGUCUCUCUCUCAGCCAGCAGUCCCUGGAGCUCCAGGGGCAGCUUCUGAACCACAGUGCCAGUCUUAUAGGCGUGGAAGAAGCGCUAGGAGCUCUUAGUGGACGUAUGGGAGAGCAGGAGGGCUCUCUGUCGGCCCUGGGUCUCUCUCUCAGCCAGCAGUCCCUGCAGCUCCAGCAACUGAACACCUGUUGCCUAAGAAGUGCAGGGCCGGCCCAUGAGGCCAGGGACCUGCUAGAGCUCCACCUGGCCCAGAGAGAGAAGCCAAGGGCCAGGCUGGAGGAGCUGGGCCGGGAGGUGAGGGCUGAGGCAGACCACUGCAGGAACAGGACCGAGGGCGUAGCUCUGGACGUUGCCAGCGUGGACAGCCGGGUUACCAGCUUGGAGAACGUGUGCGGUAGGCUGGAGCCCAUCUCCAGCAGCCUGCACAGGAUCAAGGAGGGGCUGAACAAGCAUGUGACCGGCCUGUGGAACUGCAUCAGCCGGAUCAACGGCACAUUGCAAGCCCACACCACGGACAUCAGAGGAUUGAAGAGAACAUACCAGAACCUCCAGGACCACUUCUCAGGCAUCACCCAGGACCUACAUCAUCUGACCACCAGUCCUGAGAACACUGGUGUUCAUGUAGGUGUGGAGGAGUCUGGUAAUCCCACUGAGACCAAGCCUGUCCCUCAGAGCCCUGUCUUACCCGUUGGUCCAAUACCAGACGGGGCCCUACCACAUAUGAUGGAGACUGGGGAGGCAGGAGCCCCCGGAAUCAUCAUGUCUUCCAAACCACCCAAGGGGGCUGACGGCAGUAUGUCCCCCCUCAAGGGCUUCGCUGGAGCCCCAGCCUCCCCACCAUCUACAGGGUCUUUAAAGCCUAAUAUACCAGUGAUUUCUGUUGCCCACAUUCCUCUGAGAUCGUCAUUACACAAACCAUAUUUAACUUUAACAGGUGAGCGGGUGUCCUUCUCGGCUGGGCUCAACCGCUUGCCCUUCCCUGGGGAGGUGGGCAUCAUCCGCUUCAACAAGGUGUUGGUGAAUGAUGGGGGACACUAUGACCCUCACACAGGCAUCUUUAACGUUCCCAUGGAGGGCCACUACCUGCUGAGUGCCGUGCUAACAGCCCAGAGAGGUGCCAGGGUGGAGGCGGUGUUCUCUGUGUCCAACCGCAGCAUCCAGAGGCUGGACACGGCCGGUUACCUGCCUGAUAAUGGUGGUGGAGGUGGGGCUGGCUCCACCAGCUGUGACUGCGGAGGCUCUGCCUCCCUGAGCCUGGUUCUAACUCUGAAGCGUGGGGACAGGGCAGGUUUAGUCCUGACCGCAGGCAAACUUGCCAUCUCAGAGAACACAGAGGUCCUCUCAACAUUUAGCGCCGUGCUUCUCUACCCCACCCCCUCAAAACAAUAGCCGCCAUGUUAUAGACAAAGUUAUCCCCUAAAAAAGAAAACCCCACCAAUGAUAUUGCUUUAUGUAGCUCCACCCUCAAAACAACAUCCAUUCUACUUUAGAUGUAUGCCGUGUUCACGUGCUAGUCGGAACUAGGAAACUCUGAAAUGUGACUUGCUAAUUGGUUGUAGUUCUACACAUGUCGUGUUCAACCAGUUAGCAAGACGGACAUUUUGGAGUUUCCUAGUUCCGACUAGCAUGUGAACGCGGCAGUAGCAUGCCCAACAUAGCAUGCCUUACUGGUAUUUUAGUAAAACAAGUAGAUUAACUCAUGAUAGUACUUUAAAGCAAUCUUAUGACAGAGCUUUCAUACAAAAAGAGAAAUGUGUAUCAAAUAUUUGAUCAUAGGAUCCUUAUGGAGGGGACAGGGCAGGCUACUGCCAUUUAUGGAGUAUUAAAAUUUGGUGAUUGAUUAUAUUUGAAAUGUUACAUGUUUGAAUGUGUGCUUGUGUUGAUGUGUGUGUUCAAUUUGUUUACAUUUGUUGUAGUGUUUAUUUUAAACCUGUGUAAUUGUUUAUAUUUUCUAAAGACUAUUUUAUGAGGACAAUCAAUUACACAGUACCUUACAUACAGUACAGAGAACUGCCUAAAUAAAGGAAACACCAACAUAGUGUCUUAAGAGGGCGUUGGGCCACCCCGAGCCAGAACAGCUUCAAUGUGC